AUGGACGAUCUGGGCCUGCGAUCCCCUGACUCCCUUCGUCCUCUCCAGCCGUUACUUUCUUCCGUCGCGGAAAACGCGUCGAACCUGGCUGCCAGCGUGAAGCACCAACAAUAUAACGAUCACGAAGACCACCAGCACGAGCAUAAUCUUGAAGUUGCCGUAGAAGCGCGAUCUUUACAGCCUCUGCAAUCUGCAAUUGCGGAUUAUGACCACUAUGAGCUUCAUCAGCAAAAGCAUCAGCACCAAAACCAGGAUCAAUCGGAGGAGCGACAGUUUCGGCCUGAAGAUGCGUAUGGGUCGUUGACGAACCAAUCCGCAUCCCUGCGCAUUCAACGACCCCAAAACACCAGCGAGUCUAUCUUCUCCUCCAAAGAGCACGGUUACCUCCGCGAUGUCGCGUCAAUAGCUAAUCCACCUGAUUUGGAAGCUUGGAGAGACCGUCUCUUCGACGUAGACGAGAUGAUUGUGAUGAGCGAAGAAGAAUUCCGGACCUACUUUCCACAUGUUGACAACGUCUACUCCCACCGCUCAACACAACACUACAAGCGCAAGCCUCUCGUUUCGCACUACUGGGACUGCCGCCUAAAGGGCCGACCACCGGGGACGCCCAAAUCCGAUGACCCCAACAAGAAGAAACGCAAGCGGACGGCGCGGCAGCGGGAUCUCUGCGACGUCAAGAUUAAGAUUACUGAGUACUUCCCUGGCUAUGCGGUGGGGCUUGGCACUGGCGCUGGCGCUGGUGUUGGUGGUGCGGAAGGGUUAGGCUCAGCCGAGCAGCAGCAGCAGUUCUCUCUACCCUUUUCUCCUAACGGCGUUGGCGUCGACACGCCGAUUACAACUGGCGAGUCACUACCUGGUGUGAAUACACUACUUCAGUUUCCGUCUUCCGCCGGUAGUGGUAGUUUCGUCCCUGGGAAUCCAGCUGGGAGGGGAGAGCUGCACAACCAAAAUGCGAGCCAGAGCCAGAACCAGCCGUUUGGCGUCCUCACGCCAAACCCGCCUCUACCAGAAGGGCACCCAGGAGCAGGUGGGCAGCGGUUUUUCACAAUUCAGCGCGUGAAUGGGAACGGAGCGAAUGGGAAAAACGAUGGGGUGAGCGGAGGGCACCGUCAUACGCUCGAGGAAAGCGAUCGAGUGAAGAAGAACAGCGUGCAGCGAUUUCUGCUAAAAGAGGCAAGGGAGAGGAAAAAAGCAUUGUCGGUGACUGUGAGUUUGUUCCCUCGUUCUAUUCUGUCUGUCUUUACGGGGUAUUACCGUUCAAGAGCUCCUGCCUUCUGUAUGAUUUGUCUGUGA